GGUCCGACCAAGAUGGCGGUGCAGGUGGUGCAGGCGGUGCAGGCGGUUCAUCUCGAGUCUGACGCUUUCCUGGUUUGUCUCAACCAUGCCCUGAGCACAGAAAAGGAGGAGGUGAUGGGGCUGUGUAUAGGGGAGUUGAAUGAUGACCCAAGGAAUGGCUCAAAAUUUGCAUAUACUGGAACUGAAAUGCGCACAGUUGCUGAAAAGAUUGACAGUGUGAAAAUUGUUCACAUUCAUUCCGUCAUCAUCUUGCGACGUUCUGAUAAGAGGAAGGACCGAGUGGAAAUUUCUCCAGAGCAGCUGUCUGCAGCUUCAACAGAGGCGGAGAGGUUGGCUGAACUAACAGGCCGCCCUAUGAGAGUUGUGGGCUGGUAUCAUUCCCAUCCUCAUAUAACUGUUUGGCCUUCACAUGUCGAUGUUCGCACACAAGCCAUGUACCAGAUGAUGGAUCAAGGCUUUGUAGGACUUAUUUCUUCCUGUUUCAUAGAAGAUAAAAACACAAAGACUGGCCGGGUACUCUACACUUGCUUCCAAUCCAUACAGGCCCAAAAGAGCUCAGAGUAUGAAAGAAUCGAAAUCCCAAUCCAUAUUGUACCUCAUGUCACCAUUGGGAAAGUGUGCCUUGAAUCAGCAGUAGAGCUGCCCAAGAUCCUGUGCCAGGAGGAGCAGGAUGCAUAUAGGAGGAUCCACAGCCUUACACAUCUGGACUCAGUAACCAAGAUCCAUAAUGGCUCAGUGUUUACCAAGAAUCUGUGCAGUCAGAUGUCAGCAGUCAGCGGGCCUCUCCUCCAGUGGUUGGAGGACAGACUGGAGCAAAACCAACAACAUUUGCAAGAGUUGCAACAAGAAAAGGAAGAACUUAUGCAAGAACUUUCUUCCCUAGAAUAAGGCAGGAGACAAAAUGGGGAAAGACGAAAAUAUCAAGAUGUAAAAUUAAUUAAGCUAAAUCAAUUUUGAAGAAGAAGAAUAAAGUUGGAAGACUCACAUUA